GGGCGGGUCCAAACCGGAAGGUAAGCCCCGACGGCCUCCGAAGUGGGGAGGCCCCAGAGGCCGGGGGCGGGGAUGGAGCUGCGGACGCUGGUUGGAGGAGCCCGCACGACGGCGCCCCCGCGGGGCCCCGAGGGUGGGCGGGCAGACUAGCUGGGGGCAGGUAGAAGAGCUCCCCGCUACUAGAGGGCGAGCGCCGGGGCACCGAGGCCCUAGUGACUGCGGGGACUGCAAAGGACGCCGACGAGACGGAACGUGCGGUUCCCCGUCUGUCACUCCCUGCCCACGACUGACUCGCGCCCCCACCCCGGGCUCCAGAUGGACGGGGCGUCCACGGCCUUUAGUGAGAAACCAUCCCCUCUGCUGCCUUCCCAGCAGGGCGGCGUGCCUGACCAGCAAAACGAGGCGGCCCCCGCCGCUUCCCAAGAAAUGGCUGCUUCUUUUUUGAAGACUUCAACGCUUUCUGUAAGGAAAAAACUCUUACAACAAACUGGCCUUCCACUAUACAGCACUUCUCAUGGUUUCCACGAGGAAGAUGUCAAAGAGAAACUUCAGCAGUUUACUGGUGGAUCUGUUGACCUUCGUAAGGAAGACUGUGGCAUUGGCAUUCUCACUUUUAACAACCCAAGUAAAAAGAAUGCAUUCUCAGGAGUUAUGAUGCUACAGCUUCUGGAGAGGGUGAUUGAACUAGAAAACUGGAAAGAAGGGAAAGGCCUUAUUGUUUGUGGGGCAAAAAACACUUUCUGCUCAGGAUCUGAUUUGAAUGCUGUGAAAGGUCUGGGAACCUCACAGGAUGGAGUCGAAUUGUGCAUGUUUAUGCAAAACACCUUAACAAGAUUCAUGAGGCUGCCUUUAAUAAGUGUUGCUUUGAUUCAAGGAAGAGCAAUGGGUGGAGGAGCAGAAUUAACCACAGCAUGUGAUUUCAGGCUGAUGACUCCAUCAAGUGAGAUCAGAUUUGUCCAUAAAGAAAUGGGCAUAAUACCAAGUUGGGGUGGAACUGCUCGACUGAUUGAAAUCAUUGGCAGUAGACAAACCCUCAAAGUGUUAGGUGGAGCUCUCAAACUGGAUCCUACAAUAGCCCUGAAAAUAGGAAUAGCUGAUGGGAUUCUACAGUCUUCUGAUGAAGAUCAAUCUUUAGAAGAAGCACAAAAAUGGCUACAACAAUUUAUCAGUGGUCCACCAGAAGUAAUUAGAGCUUUGAAGACUGUGGUUUCUUCAGGAAAAGAACUUGCUUUAGAAGAGGCAUUAGAGACAGAAAGAGAUGUUUUAAGCACACUUUGGGGUGGACCUGCUAAUUUGGAGGCUAUUGCUAAUAAAAAAAAAUUUAACAAGUAGUUUGUAAAGAACAUAUUUUACAAACACUUCCAACUGAAAAAAUGUUUAAAAAACACAGAAGCAUAAUAUUACAAAAUAAUGAAUACAAGCCUUUGCAAUUUUUCUAUUGGAAAUAGAAAUUAUACAUUUGUUACUCUCAUUUGUUAAUCUGAUUAAAAUAAAUUUUAAAUCAGGAAUUACCUGUUAUCCUGAAAGUUGUCAAAAAUCAUCUUAUUUUUCAUUUAAUAACUAAGAUUAGAAGACUAAAGACUAUUUUUCAUUCUUUUUUAUCUACCAAUGUAACACAUCUCUUUCCUCUUAGAAGGUAGGGUGGCUAAAGGUGCCGAAUUAAAUUUUGGUAAUUUUGCUUUGUUUUUCAUUGUUACAAAGGGUAGUUAGAUAAGACUGGUUAAUGACUGGUGUAAAAAGAAACAAGGGGCAUUAAUAAAGCUUUUUAGAAAGAUGUACAAAGAGUAGCAUUGUGUAACACAGGAAACUGGAUUUUAAAAUUGGAGAGAAUUUAAAUCCCACAUUAGAAACUACCUGUGACUUCUGUAAUCCUGUGCAAGUCUCUUAACCAUUUUAUGCCUCAGUUUUAAUCUGGAAAAUGAGGGGGCUACACUCUGGCAACCCAUUUGAUUUCUAGAGAUGUUUGGGAAGUUUUCAGUAAACUGAGUUGUAACCUGCCUUGUCUGCAAUUUCUACCCAGUGUUCCUUGUUACACUCUCCCUAGAACUAAAUAAACCAAGACUAAUCCUA